AGCAUCCUGCAGACCGCUGUGUCAAAGACACCGGGGCUCUGACUAACUAGUCAUAAAUCAUCUCGCACUCCGACCCGGAGCAGCAGAGAGAGAGAAGAGGAGAACGUGCUCCACCUUGGAUUGUGGUCCCUGGAGUGCAGGGAUGGAGUUCGUAUCGACAGUAGAGCGUGGUACUCACAAAAGCUGCCAACCACGUGCCGUCAGAAGUAAGCCGCCAUGUCGAGCAGAGACUGCGCGGGCCGGACUCAAGCCCUUGAAUGACGGUCGCGCUUUUCUCGUCUCCCUCUCGACCCCUUUUUUUCCUCGUCGCAUCCUCGUUGAGCUCUCCUCCCGCCACCUUCCAGUUGUUCGGUUCCUUGGUCAUGACAUUCAUAUUGCCACCGCUGGAUGGAUCAGCCGGGUCGAUCCUGCAGAACCAGCAGCCGCUCCCUCCCUCGUUAUAUCGACCGAACUCGCGCCCUUGCUUCCGAAAAGCAAAAGCAAAAGCAACAGCGACAGCAAAUACCGUGGCUACAUAGCCGCUAAAAAGUGCGGCAGGCGCUGCCGUCGUCUCCUCUCGCAUGUCGUAUAUUUGCUUCGUCUAGUGGCGUGUCUGCUGGAUGGGACAGAUGGUCGCCUGGAGAAGCCCGCCCGUGCCGAGGUGUGGCGCGUCGUCUACAACCUCUUGAUGGCCAUGAGCAGUUUGUUGAUCCAGUCCUUCGGCCUGCCGCUACUCCACCUCAGCGCGCUCUGGAAUUUUAUGUUAUCCGUCACUGUCUAUGAGGUCUUUGACGUCGUGCUCGCUUGGGGCCUCAGCCGGCAGCUCCGAGCUAUCGGGGUGGCCUUCAGCAUCAACAUGCAUUAAAGCGUGUUUCCCCACGUCGAGCAGGAGGCCGAUGAACAGCGCAAACGGCUGAGCCUCGGCCUCGUCAUGGAGGCGCUUAGGAAGUCGGAGGGCAUCGGGAACUGUCUUUUGGCCGCCAUCAAGGCUCUCGAGGUUUCCGUCUCCGUCU